AUGUCCGGGAAUAAUGGGGCGUUGGAAUCGGAGGAAUACACAAUUGGAUGGGUUUGCGCCCUUCCACUCGAGAUGGCUGCUGCCAGAGGAAUGCUCGACAAGAUUCACCCAAACCUGGCUCAGCAGGACCCCGAUGACCAUAACAGCUAUAUCCUGGGAGAAAUCCAAGGUCACAAAAUUGCGAUUGCGUGCCUGCCAGCUGGCAUCUAUGGAACAAAUCCUGCAGCUACAGUCGCCAAGGACUUGCUUCGAACAUUCAAAUCCAUUCGAUUUGGCUUGUUGGUUGGCAUUGGAGGUGGAGCACCAUCAUCAAAGCACGAUAUCCGAUUAGGUGACGUGGUGAUCAGUCAGCCUUCAGGAAUUUUCGGAGGAGUCGUGCAACAUGAUAGAGGAAAAUCAUUCCCGGAAGGCGAGUUUGGGCGUACAGGCUCACACAAUGCACCCCCGCAGCCUUUACUAUCCGCCUUGGCUCGCCUCCAAGCUACCCAUAUGACUGAGGAAAGCAAGGUCCCCGAGUUUCUAUCCCAGUUGUCUGCGAAAGCCCCCAAGCGGAUGAAGGGCAAAUUCAGCUACCCAGGUGCAUUGCAUGAUCAACUUUAUGCAGCUGGGUAUGACCAUGUCAAGCCAGGGAGCACAACAUGUGCCGAAUGUGAUGAGUCCCAGGUCAUCAAUAGAGAGGAUCGUGAUGACACCGAUCCAUACUUCCACUAUGGCAUCAUCGCCUCAGGGAAUCAGGUCAUCAAGGACGGAAAGACGCGUGAGCGUUUGAGCCAGGAAUACGAUGCACUGUGCUUCGAAAUGGAAGCUGCAGGCCUGUAUAAUUUUCCAUGUCUUGUUAUCCGGGGUAUCUGCGAUUAUGCCGAUUCGCAUAAGAACAAGAAUUGGCAAGAAUAUGCUGGUGCGACGGCGGCAGCAUUUGCGAAAGAGCUGUUGUUGUUUGUACCAACUAACCAGGUUCUACAAGAAAGGAAGCUGGUGUCAGAACUUGUGUCAAUUGCCAAAGAUCACCUAGAAACCUCGGUAAAGAGCCUAAAUGAACAAAAACACAUCAGGAAAUUUCUAGAUGAUCGCCCCUUGGAUCUCCACAUAGUUCACAAUGCACGCUGUGACAGCGAAGACGUCAAAAAGAGUCCAAGAUGCGAACCUGGCACACGAGCCCGAAUCCUCGAGCUCAUCCAAAACUGGGCAGACCAUGACUCAGGGUUACCACUGCUUUGGCUUAUCGGUCCUGCCGGGACUGGUAAGUCCACUCUUGCCAGGACUGUAAUCGACUCUCUGGAAAUAAAGAAGCGACUGAUUGCUGGAUACAUGUUCAAAAGAGGAGAACAGGACCGGAAUGAUACUAAUCGGUUAUUCUCUACACUCGCGACACAAUUGGCAGAUACUGUUUCCCUCUUUAAGGAGAGCCUUCGGAACUCACUCGAGGGUCUCGAUAAGGACGCAGUAGACAAAAGUAGCCUCGAGAAUCAGUUUCAGAAGCUCUUAUGGGACCCCCUGGAAAGUUUGAACCUCGAGGAGAUAAAUAGGCUGCCAGGGAUAAUCGUCAUCGACGCUUUGGAUGAGUGUGAACGACUCGAAAAUCUUACAAGGCUAUUGGGGCUCUUUUCGAAGCUUUGCACUAUCUCUACGCUUCGCCUCCGUGUAUUAAUUACCAGCAGGUAUGCACCUGAGAUCAUCGAAGCCUUCGAGCCUCUCGUGAAGGAAAAGACUGUCCACACCUUAGAACUCCACCGAGAAUUCUCUGGCGAUACCACGCUCGACAUUCGCAACUUUCUCGAAGCGAGAUUUGCAGAUAUAAAGCACAGAAAGAGGGUACAAAAGGACCCAUGGCCUACCAUGGAUGACCUUGAUCGCCUUGUACAGCUUUCUACCACGCCUGAGCCCUUGUUCAUCUAUGCCGCGACUUUAUGUCGAUUCGUGUCAGAUAAGAACCGCGGUCCGAUCCAGCAACUAAUUACGUGGCUGGAACAAGGGAGCAAGUCGCAACUGCAUCAGAUAUACAGCCCUAUCCUCGACCAAGCAUUCUCAGGCUUUCAUGAAGGGGAAUUUCGUCAGAAGUUACGGUAUCUUGGUACUGUUGUACUUCUUGCCAGACCACUCUCAGCCAAGUCUCUUACCCUUUUACUUCGUACGGAUCUAGACGACAUUAGCUGGUGGGUUCCAAGGCUAUAUGCAGUGUUGCAUGUACCCUCCGAGCUCCACCAACCUAUACAACUCCUUCACAAGUCAUUUUCUGACUUCCUCACCAGCGACGACGGUUUAGGCUCUAACAGGUAUAAGAUAAAUACGGCUGACAUACAUACCAAUCUUGCGGAAGCUUGCAUUCAGUGUAUGAACGCCAGGCUGAAACAAGACAUUUGCGAAGUCCAGAAACCAGGGAUAACCAAGAACGAGAUUGAAACAACUUCAAUAAAUAGUCACAUCUCUCCUGAACUCGACUAUGCUUGCAAUUACUGGUUCUUACACUUGAAACGCAGCGAUCGACCCCUGAGUUUCUUUACGGAACUAUUAGAGAUGAGUCAGACAUGCAAAGAUUUACGCCAUGAUUUCGCCCCUUUCGUCAAAGAUUCAAUAAGGGUCAUCGUUGCCUUUAUUGCGAUUAUAGAGCAUGCCCCUCUUCAGAUAUACGGAUCCUCAAUUUUCUUCUCUCCUACUGGAAGUAUAGUGCGUCAAAGGUUUUGGCAUCAGCGCAUACCCAAGACUGGUGAGAUACAAGGUGUCGAGGCCAACUGGAGCGCACGCCUCCAAGUGAUUCAGAGCUCUGAGGGAACCGUGAAGUUACAUGUCUUCUCGCCGAAUGGCCAUUUUUUGGCAUCCGUGGUUGAAAAGGGUCUCGUUUCAAUCGGCAAAUAUGAGAUUCAACUACGCAACAUCACUACAGGCACCCAUUUAUACGCUCUAUCAACCACCAGCAUGAGUAUCAAAGCAAUAGCAUUCUCAGCCGACAGUCGUCAUCUGGCAGCAGCAGAUUCUAAUCGGUUUAUCAGACUUUGGGAUGUGAAAUCUGGUCAUGUCCAGCAGAUAGCUAUUGGUUAUAUAGAGGAACCUAUAGCUAUCAACUUCCCAUCAGAUAUUAACCUUGUAGUAUCUGUAUCACAGAAUGGGACGGUUCAAUAUUGGGAGAGAUUGAAAAAUGCAUAUCAAGAGAUCGUUUCAAAACGCCGGACUAUUUGGAAUUUCGCGACCUACGCACAAAAGUCUCCAGUGAAAGAGACAUAUCUUACAUUCACAAGUGGGAGCCCGUUUCCUAUUAGAUUCUCACCAGACAGUAGACUUCUGGCAAUAGUGCACGCUAAGGUACUGAACAUCUGGGACGUGGAGACAAGUGCACAGAAGCUGUCACUAAAGCACGACCACCAUAUAGACGCUAUUACGUUCUCCCCCUGCGGAAGGACUAUAGCGUCGAGCGCACGGGAGAAAAUUCAACUAUGGGACCUGCAGACCGGUGUUCUUAAGACCACCUUGAUCGAAGAUGGAACUGUCAGUGCAUUGACCUUUGCGCCAGACGGCUCAACUCUAGCAUCACCCCAGCACCUUUGGGAUGUCACAAAGCCGCGAGAAUAUCGCCUUUCCAGUGGCGAUGUCUCGUCACCAGAUGGACGGCUUCUCGCAUCAGCUUCUCGAGAUAAAAUGAUUCGAAUUCGGGAUACUUCAUCACUAAUGCGCCAGCGGAUGGUCUUAUGGGAUGGAAAAGACAUCCUGAAAUUCUCCUUUUCCCCCGAUAGUAAAUUUCUAGCUUCUUUUUCAGAGGAUAAGCAACUGUGUAUAUGGAGCAUGAUGUCUGGUGCUCGACAAGAGACAUUUCCCAGCUCAAUCUCCGACGUGGUUUACUCGCCAGACGGCCAGAGCGUGGCAACAACGUAUUGGCUCCAAUUUGGCGGCGAAUUAGCGCUCUGGGAAGCGGACACCGGUCAGUGUUUACACAUACUCGACGGCACCCGAAUGUUUGUCGAAGAUAAGGAAAUCAGACUAAGGGGGGAGAAGAAACUGAGAGAACCAUUGCGUGCUCAGUGGACUUUUGCCAACACCGAACCCGCUGUACGAAACACUACAGGAUAUUCCGGCCCCAUCUUUUCACCCGACGGCAACAGCCUAGCUGCAAUUCGGCCAAAGGGGUCACUGGACUUAUGGGACAUAUCUACCGGCAGGCAGCGCGAAUGGUGCCCGAUUGACUCCAAUGUCAUCAAAAUACUUUUUUCCCCAGAUAGCCAACUCAUUGCGGCGCUAGGGCGUUCUGAGGUUUUUCUAUGGCGCAUUACUGCUUCUGAACCGCCGAAAAGUCUUGGGAUUAAAGCAAGAACGGCGGAGUUCUGUUCCAGCGGGGAUUUGUUAGUAGUAGCUGGUUCCGAAGUCACCAUCUGGGAUGUCGCGACUGGCUCCCAUCAACAUACACUCGGAGACGUGGAGGGAACUCCGAUGGUUCUAUGUGUCUCACCUAAUGGAAGACAGAUAGCGGUAUCAUGGAAUUCUCAGUUUGUUCGAGUGUGGAAUCAUGUUUCUUCACUAGCCGAGUCACAUUUCACCUUAAUUCAACAGGAAACUGUCACAACUAUGGCAUUCUCAUCGGAUGGAAAAUUCUUGGCAAUAGGAUCGGAACAAGGUACAAUUAGAGUCUGGGACACCUCAUCAGGCACUCAAACAAGAUGGACUAUACGCCAGGAAGGCCUGAUCAGAAGCAUUAGAGUCUUGCCUGAUGAGUUGAUCGUCUCAGUCUCAGAUAUCCCUCCUUUCUUCAACCUUUGGAACGACAUGAAACUUCGAAUUCACCGAUAUCGAACUACCACUUUCACCACUGAGGAAUCAUUGGGGCAAUUUCCAGACGAUAGUGGGCUCAGAUACGAUACAGACUGGAUCAAGCAAGGUUCUGAGAAUAUCUUAUGGGUACCACCACAAUACAGACCGACUGAUGGAAGUGUUGCAGGGUGGAUCUGUCAGAACUCUGCAACGAUUUUUAUCGGCUCUGUCUCAGGUCAUGUCAUUCGAUUUCAAUGUGUAUGA